UUCCAGUAGUAGUCAUGUCCCAGAACAACUUGUGAAUACACAUUAGUAUUUCAUGUGAAACAUUACUUAAGUGGAAAUUACAUAUUUUUAAUGGGAAAAUAGACCUGAAACUGACACACUCUAAAAGGCAGUGGAAAUUAUUUUGUGGCUGUUAAAAUUUUUGCGUAGGAUUUUUUUUACAGGAACAUAUUCUAACAAGAUUUUGGAUUUUUAAGUUAUUUGGAAAAAUCAAGAAAAGGGAAUCACCAAGAAGCAAUUGUGAAGUAAAGCCAUGUAGUGGCUUUCAACUUUUACAGACAUUCAUUCCUGCAUUAGGGUAGUUUAUAGCAAAGUCACCGCCAUGAGGCCAUACAGUAUUCUUAUUUUCCUAGUCAUACUGACAGUACAGUGUGUAUUGUCUGUGGACCAACCACCAAGAGUUACUCAACCACCAACCAUUAUUAUAGCGGGAGAAAGUGACAAGGAUGUAAUAUUCUUCGAUCCUGAUGGUUCUAAACCUCAUGUAUUCCCUUGUAUAGCUACAGGAAACGCUACUAUCAAAUUUGAGUGGACCAAAAACGGCAAAACGCUGAAAAUUCCAAAUUCCAAGUACAAUUGGACCAGAAAUGGUAAUGUGAUUAAUUUAAAAGAUCCUAAGUACAUAUCUAAUACAACAAACACAUCUAAGAUUGUGUCAUCCGAUGAAGGAACCAUAACGAUCAUGGAACUCCAAGACCAAGACGAGGGGAUAUAUCAGUGCAUUGCAAGAAAUCCCUACGGUGUUUCCAAGUCCAAAAAGAUCCAUUUUUUGAAAGCUACGAAAAGAUCGUUCACCGAAGAUGCAAAAACCUUUACACAAAAAGUAAUUGCUGCUGAACCGUUAAAGCUUGAAUGUAACCCACCAGAGAACAACCCGCCGGGUAUCAUACGAUGGGUACAAUAUUCUGACGAAGGCCAAGGAAAAAAUUACAUGGAUUUUAGUGACAGAAUUUCACAAGAUGACAAAGGAAAUCUUUACUUUGCAAAUGUUCAAAAGUCAGAUGAAAAUUUUGGUGAAGAGUACACAUGUGAGAUUCAGUUGAAAGAACUUAACAUGUACAUAGAGGGCGCUUUCACUAAAAUAAAAGUGGAUGAUAGUGGUAAAAAUAACGUAUUUGGUGCCGAGUUGGUUUAUCAUUCAAAUGAUGAUGUCAUAGGAAUAAAGGGGAAAUCAGUUACGUUUAUCUGUAUCUUCUCCGGCAACCCUACCCCACAUAUCAAAUGGGUGAGAAAGUCAGGAGGCAAAAUAGACAGCAGUCGAAUGAUCAGAAAAAACCAAAAGUUAACGAUAAAAAAUGUGUCAGUUGAUGACUCGGGAGUAUAUGAAUGCAGGGGAGAAAACAAUCUACUGUUAAGUCCAGUAACACAUCGCUUCAGUUUAACAGUAGAAUCAAAACCGGAAUGGAAAGCUCAGCCACGUAAGGUGGAUGUUGGUGUAGAAGAGACGGCCAUAUUUGAGUGUAAAGCAGACGGUAUUCCAAAACCAGACAUACAGUGGUUCAUAAAUGGUGCUCCUGUUGAUGAGAUGAGGAAUAAAGGACAACUGAAGUUUGAAAAUUUGACGAGAGAAGAUGCAAAGGUGAUUCAAUGUAACGUUUCCAAUAUCCAUGGUCACUUGUGGGCCGAUGUACCACUAAGCAUAAUGGCAUUUAAACCAGAACUGAAGAAGAAAUUUGAAAAUGAUGUGAAAGUGUCAGAGGGUAAAUCUGUUACAUUGCCAUGUGAGGUAGAUGGCAAACCUACCCCUAGAAUAUACUGGAAGAGGAAAGAUCAAAAGAUGGAAGGUCCCAACUAUACAAUAAUGCCAAGUGGCAACAUGAUAAUUAAGAAUGCAGCAAUGAGUGAGGCAGGUAGAUGGACAUGUUUUGCUGAGAACAGAUAUGGAAAGAUUAAAGCAUCAGGAGAGUUAAUUGUCAGAAGGAAAACUGUAAUAGAGAGCGGCCCAUCAUCUCAGAAGAUCACGCAUGGUACCGAUUCUCAUUUCAAAUGUCAAGCCGACACCGACCCCAACGAGCAAGAUAAUCUUGUUUAUCUUUGGCUUAAAGAUGGGGAACCUAUCGACUUCCAGAAGAAUCCGAGGGUAGAGAGGGAAGGGAAUGGUAUUAUAAUUAAAGGUGUUACUAGUGAAGAUACAGGAAGAUACAUGUGUAUGGCUAGUAAUAGCCUUGACAAUGAUACAGCCUCUGCGAAACUCGAAGUUAUAGCUCCCCCAGAUCCUCCUAUAAAUGUAGACAUAAGCUCUUGUUUGAGUCGCAGUGUGAUCGUGUCAUGGCAAAAGGGCUUCAACAACUUUUCUCCGAUUACCAAAUACCAUGUUGAAUACAACCAUUCCUAUGCACCAAAUAAGUGGACCAGAGCAAAAACAGUGAACGUAUCGUCAAUAACAGAGGUCAAGGUCAAUCUGUCACCACAUGCCAACUAUACAUUUAGAGUGAUUGCAGAAAAUAGGUUAGGUAAGAGUAAGCCAAGUGAACGGUCCUUGACUGCGUGUUAUACAAACAGCGACACCCCAGAUAAAAACCCUUCCAACGUCCAUACUGACAGAAGCCGAACUGGAUGGCUUAUUAUCAAGUGGGAUAAAAUGCCCGAGAUUGAACACAAUGGUCCAGGAUUCCGGUACAAUCUUUUCAUCAAGAAAGAUGGAAAGACAAAUAAGACAGAGAUCUAUGACUGGGAGGAAAACAAGAAGGAGAUAUACAUUGGCUCAGUAUAUGAGCCGUAUGAAAUAUUUGUUGAAGCUGAGAAUGAAGAAGGGUCAUGUUCUGAACCAGCUGUGCUCCAUAUUGGCUACACCGGAGAAGCAGCUCCUUUAACGGCCCCAGGGAAUUUUGGGCUUGUGGGAAAUGCAUCAGCAAAGUCAGCAACAUUUGAGUGGGACCCGGUUGACACCGCACCAGAAAUGAUACGUGGUCGGUUUAAAGGGUACCAGAUUCGCUACUGGAAAACAGGUGAAAAGAAUACUACAUUGAUUAAAGUCGAAGUGCCGAGAUCUCCACCCGAUGAAACAAGAAUUAAAAAGCGAGUUGUUAAAGAUACUGCUACUAUUGAUGGUUUACCUCCAUAUUCUGACCUUGAAGCUGACGUUGUAGCAGCAAAUACUUACUUUGUCUCCAAUGCUAGUAACACCAUCAGCUUUAGUACACCUGAAGGAGUUCCUGGUAGAGUAAAAUCUGCAAAAGUUUAUAGACGAGGAACAGAGUUUAUAACAAUUAGCUGGGAGCCUCCUGAGGAGCCUAAUGGGAUAUUAAUUGGAUACGAGAUAGGAUAUAGAAAAGUAAAUGGAUUUGAUAUUGGUGAGAUAGUGACAACAAAGGAAUACGACAAUCCAUACAGACAGAUGGCAAUUGUCAACAAUCUGGAUAUGAACCAGGAAUACAUGAUCUAUAUUUGGGCAAAAACUAAAGCUGGACGAGGAGAGGGCUUCUAUCUGGAUGCAAAAACAGCAAAUAAUAAUAAAAUGAUCAAACCUCAAAUGGAGAUAGUUCUGAUAGGCGAGGAUUUUGUAAAUGUAACCUGGACUCUCAACAAUGAUCAGAAUUCCCCGGCUGGGUCAUACCAUUUUGUCAGAUAUAAGGAAGUAGGAAAGAAUACAGUCAUUAAAAGCAGUAAUGAGACUAUGAACAAUUGGAUGAAUGUAUCCAACCUAGAGCCGAACAGAAAUUACGAGUUCUGGGUUGUCGGGGCCAACAGUAAAGGCGACGAAGAGGCCAGUGACUCCAAGGUCAUCAAAACUAAAGGAGAACCAAGUCCAUCUGUAAAGUCAGAGACAAAUAUAGCACAGGCACCAUGGUUUAUAAUCAUGAUGAUCCUAAUAGCAGUUCUCAUCCUGAUACUGAUUAUAGUCUGUUUCAUAAAGAGAAGUAGGGGAGAAAAAUAUAACGUACAAGAGCGUGAGAAGCUUCGAGGAAAUGACAUAGAAAACCCAGAGAAAGAUUUGUUUAAUGAAUAUCCCAAAAGUGGCGAGACUGACCCACUAGCUGCUGGAAGUCCUGAUUCCUUCGACAAUGAUGACCACAAAGUCCUCGGAGGAAGUGAGACAGAUAGCAUGGCAGAAUAUGGAGACGUUGACCCGAGUAAAUUCAAUGAAGAUGGAUCUUUUAUAGGUCAGUAUGGUUCCCAAAAACCAGAUGAGAAGGGGAACCAGCAGUCAGCCAUGUCAACUUUCGUCUGACAAUGAAAAUCAGGAAUGUUGCAGACAUAAACAUAGAUACACAGAAGUAGGUCACGUGUUGCAUAGCAACAAAAAUGCUUGGAUGAAGUUAUCAGUUCACAUGUGUUUUUUUCUUUUCUCAUUUGAAGACUGCUGAUGUUCAGUGUAGGGAUGUAUACGUAGUAAGGCCUUUAAUAAGUGUAUAUGGAAUAUAUUUACUUACAGCUUCCAAAGGAUUGAAAGUAAAUGUAAGGAUUCCAUGGUUACGGAGAGUGGAGAGUGGUAAUAAGUACUAUGUGAAUUUCUAUUCCAUUGUCGUUUGCUACAGUGUACUUUUAGCUGGCUUUGUUGUGUAUAUAAUAAAUAUAUUAAAAGUCUUCAAAGAGGGAUUUGCUCUGUGUAUAUGUGUUUUUAACAUUUUAAAGGAAGCUAUAUUUAGACGGAAGUGAAGUGAAUAUUUAUAUGUGCUUUUUGAAAGCAAAAUUAUGCAGCAUUCCUGGAUUUAGUCAAUGGUGAAGAUUGAUAAAACACGCAAAAAUAUAAUGUGCAAUUAACAUGACCAAAAUGUCAUUAUUUCCAUAGAGACAACCAUUUCCAUGACAACCAUUUUCUAUUUAUAGACAAACAUUACUGUUGAAUUCCACUGUGCUUGUAGAGUUGUUUUAUUGAUGUUUUUGUUGUUGAUUAUGUAUCUUGUCAAAUGAAAGUUGAGGUCAUAUGGAAGUAUGAAAGGUCAGAUGGAACUGUAAAUUAAGGUGAAAUGACAUGAUAAGUUGAGGUCAGAUGUUGAUAUGAAAGUUGAGGUCAGAUGUUGAUAUGAAAGUUGAGGUCAGAUGUUAAUAUGAAAGUUGAGGUCAGAUGUUGAUAUGAAGGUCAGAUGUUGAUAUGAAAGUUGAGGUCAGAUGUUGAUAUGAAGGUCAGAUGUUGAUAUGAAAGUUGAGGUCAGAUGUUGGUAUUAAAGUUGAGGUCGGAUGGCAGUAUAAAAAUUGAGAUUUACAGCAUAUUGAUCCUAAAGAUUAAUCAUGCUAUCAGAUUGUUAUAUAGACUAUAAAAUCAUUAACAUAGUGUUGAAAAUUAUCCAAACAGUUGGAGAAGUAUUGAAAAAAAUCAAAUGGAUUAUUUGUUUCAAAGCUAAUAAUAAAAAAAGACCCAAUCAUUUUCAUGUUACUUCGGAAUCGUAUUUAAAAAUGAUAUAAACAGCCUGUUUUACUUUCAUUUGGUCAGUUCCUAAUUUAUUAAAACAUCUUUAAGUUUUCGUUGAACAAAUUAUGUCAAAAUGUAAUAAGUUGGUAGUAUUCACAAUCUGGUUUGUCUUUUAAAGACCAAUCAUUAAUAGUAGAAUGUGUCUUUUAAAGACUAACCAUUAUUUAGUAAUAUGUCUUUUAAAGCUCAAUCAUUGUUCAAUAGUGUUUGUCUUUUAAAGACAAACCAUGUUUAAUAGUGUGUCUUUUAUAGACCAACCAUUGUUCAAUAGUGUGUCUUUUAAGGAUCAGCCAUUGUUGAAAGUUCAAUAGGUUAUCUUUUAAGAUCAGCCAUUGUUGAAAGUUCAAUAAUGUGUCUUUUAAGAUCAGCCAUUGUUGAAUGUUCAAUAAUGUGUCUUUUAAUAAUCAAACAUUAUUCAAUAGUGUUUCUUUAAAAGAUAAACCAUUGUUGAAUGUAUAAUAGUGUGUCUUUUAAAGAUUAACCAUUAUUCAGUAGUGUGUCUUUUAAAGAUCAGCCAUUAUUCAAUAGUCUUUUAAAGAUCAACAAUCAAUUUAAAAUGUGUCUUUAAAAGAGCAAGCAUGGUGCUUGGGAUUUUUAAAAAUAUAAAGAUAAUGGUCUUUAUGAUCAACCUACCAUAAUUGUAUUUACUGGCUAAUACUUAUGUGAUGUUUAAGAAGACUAGUGGAGGGUUUAAUUUCAAGGAAGUUUUUUAACACAGGGUCAGCUGUAUGUUCAUUAACUACAUUUGGAUAUUUAUGUUUUUGAGUGGUUCUACUUUUGAUGAUGAGUAGAGGGUAUGAAUGUUAUGCACUAUAAUUAAUGUGAAUUAGGGUGUGAAGUUAUAUUGUAUUAAUGUUUAUAUGUAUGACAUUUGAAUCAGGUCUAUUGUUGAAUGUUAAGUUUUGUUUUGUUUGAAAUGAUUUUCAUUUUCUACAUUUUAAUCAUUUAUUUAUCAUCCAAAGUGUCUGUUGCUUCUGUUUUAAUCUUACCAUAUAAACUUACUAAUAUACCAUAUAAACUUACUAAUACAAUGUAUACCAUAUGAACUAAUUAAUAUGCUUAUACACCAAUCAUUUAAACCAAAUGACAUCUGAACUAAUUUAUAUACCAUAUAAUUCAAGAAAUAUACCAUAUGAAUCAACUAAUAUAUCAUAUGAACCAACUGGCAUACCAUAUAAACCAACUUAAUAGAUCUACCAUAUGAAUAUUUUAUACAAUAUAAACCAAAUAUUAUAUACCAUAAGAAUCAAAUUACAUACCAUAUAAUACAAUAAAGUAUACCAUAUAAACCAACAAAUAUACCUUAGAAACCAACAGUUACCAAUUUGUCUAAUAAAUUAACUACAUUGUAUCAUUAUAAUUCAAUGUUUAUUCAUGAAAAUAAAUUUGCGUCAAGUAUUUCUGUUUUGUGUAUAAUUGAAGAUAUGUGUAAAUUUAAAUUGCAUGGACUAUUUAUAUAUUGCUGUCAUAAAAGUAUAUUGUAUUUAAUUAUAAAAAUAUCACUGGCUGAAAUUUUAUAACUAUGUUGUUAUAUGACAGUACAUCAUUUGUAAUACAAAAUUGCUUGUUAAGCUCAGUGUAAUUUGCUUUAGACUUUUCUCCAUUUUUCAUUUGAAUUUUUCUUAAGAACUAAAAUUUUCACAGCAUUGAAAGUGUUUAACAUAUAUGUAGCAGAUGUCAUUCACAAUAAAACAAUGUGUUUAUUUGAUGAACAUUUUUGAUGACAGAUUUUUAUAAAAUGUUUUGGAUGGUUUGUUAAAAUCUUGUCAAGACUUUUUUCUGAAAGGAGAAGUGUUGUUUUAAACACUUAAUCCUCAGUAGAUUGAGUCCCUUGAUAUGUUUUUCUCCUAGCUUGUAAUAUUGUUAUGUGUUAUUGUGAAAUACAAAUGGAAGUUCAAAUUUCUAUUACAAAUAGGGUGGGUGGGGAAACAAAUAAAUGGAAGGGAAAAAGGAAGAUAAAAAAUACAGGGAACUUAUUUAUUAUUCUUAAUUAGUAGUGAGACUCUGGUGAAUUAAAGGAAAUACAAUUUUGAGAAUCAUAAUAAAUAUUCAAUUUUCUUGCAUGAAUUAUUCAUUUUGUACUUCCUCAUUUUGUAUUCAAUUCAGUUCAAAGCAUUAAACAUUUUACAAUGCUUAUAUAUGAAGGAGAUGACACAUAUAUUUGAAUGAAAGGAAAACAAACAAUAUAAUAUGAGCCGUGUCACGACAAAACCAACAUAAUGGGUUUGCGACCAGCAUGGAUCCAGACCAGCCUGCGCAUCCACGCAGUCUGAUCAGGAUCCAUGCUGUUCACUUACAGACCCUAUAACAAGUAAAGAAACUGCUAGCGAACAGCAUGAAUCCUGAUCAGACUGCGUGGAUGCGCAGGCUGGUCUGGAUCCAUGCUGGUCGCAAACCCACUAUGUUGGUUUUGUCAUGACACGGCUCAUUUUACAAUGCUUAUACAUGAAGGAGAUGACACAUAUAUUUGAAUGAAAGGAAAACUAACAAUAUAUACAGAACAAAAGAUGGUCUGAAUGAUUCAGUUUUGUCAGUAACUGGUAUUGUGGUAUGCUGAAAUUAUAUUCAUCUGAGAAAAUGUUUAUAUAUUUUAUAAGUGCUGUUACAAUAUACUGUCCUUUAUUUGUAUACAACUGUACAUGAUCAUAAGGGACCCUGAAAUAUGGUGAAUAAUGAUGUUGAAAGCAUAAUUUAAUAAUAUGAUUUAUACUUUUGCUAAGUUGAAAAUAUACCAGAAAAAAUGAACAUGGAAAUAAAAGAAAUGUCUAAAACUGAAAUGAAGUUUUCAAGGGGUACAUAAGUAAUAGUUUUGUGGAAAGAUGUUUAUUUUUGUGUUAAUUAAUUUUCUAAAAAAAAAAUAAGAUUUUCUUGUACAAAAAGGAGACAGUCAUGUUUUCAUGCUCUGACUUUCUAUCAUUACAAUAUACCAUGUCAAUAAGAUCAGUUAAAGUUGCAUGCCUCCAUAUGAACUGGAAAAGAUUUUUUAAAAAAUCAACUUUAAAAUGUACUAAGAUUUUUAGAAAAGUAAAAAUAUUUACUAAUUCAGUUGACAAGCUACAUGUUACAUGCAAUGAAUGAUUGAUUUUGCUGAAUUUAUCAUCAUAUUUCUACUGUGUGUUUGACACUGUAAGGACUUUUUUCCCAUAUUUUGACAUUUACUUGGUAAUUUACAGGGAUUUAAGUGUCAUUAGCAAUGUGUAAAUUACUUUCUUUGUUCACUUAGAAAUGUUAUACUUUUUAAUACAUUUUCAAAAGUUUAAUAAUAAAAUUAGCAUGAAUCUGGAGACGUGCGGCUUUAAAAAUCUGUGUACAAGUAAUUGUUUUAUAUAGGUGACUAAAUGGACUGGAAUUUUAUAAUAAUGUCCUUAUUCUGACUAAUGUGCAAUAUGACAUAUAUAUAUAUACAUGUAUGUGUACUAUAAAAAUAUGCUUUAUACCAAAUAACGUGUAAUGCUCUAAUCUUAAUUGUCAUGCUUGUGUAUUUUUCACCGUUUUAACUUUGAUAUUGUGUAAUUCUUUCAUAUAUAUAUAUAUAUGUGCUUUUAUAUAAGUUUAUUUUAUUUUUUAUAACAUUCCACUUUAAAGCUUUUAUUGAUUGAUAUCUCUUGUAUUAUGUAAAGAAUAAUGUUCAAAUUGUUUGACAUUUAUUGUUAGAGAUAUACGUUUUUUUGUUUUCUAUGUAAUAGGUUCAUUUCUCCAUCCACAAUCAGUUCGGCAAACUUACAUAAUGUUUAUGUAUGUUAUUUUACAGUUGUAAUGGACAUACAUUUAAGUAAAUUUCAAAGAACAGAUUAUAUUUUCAAUAAAUGUAGAAACAGCUAGAAUAGGAUACUUCAAUUGUGCCAUUAUUAAAUUAUGGUCAGAAAUAAUAAUAAUUGAUAAAAUAUACAUUUCACUAUGAUCCUAUCAUUUUAUGUUCUGCUCAGCAUUGCACCAUGUAGAAUUACUGUCUCAGAUAUAAAAUUAAUGUAUAUUAAGAAAUGUGCAGUUAGUCUGUAUAUUGGAUGUGCUCUUAGAUAAAUUUAUCACAAAAUUUUGUGUCAAAAUGAUGUCUAUUUAGUAUUAAGUAUAUUUGAAUAGGAUUAAAAAUGGUUUUGCAGCCAGGUUAUCAAGAUCGGCAACCCUGAAGUAUCUGUGAGAAAUAACAUAUUUCUAGUUCGUGUAGAUGUACCUGCAUCUUAGCCCGCAGUCUGCUGGAAUAAAAGGAGAUAAUUUAUUAACAAUAAAGGGAGAUAAUUUAUUAAC